UUUACAUUUUCAAGCGUUCAAGCAAAUAUUUUCCAUUCCAAAUUAACCAAAAGUCCAUCUUCCCCAACUUCUGAAAUUCUACAUUUCUUGUGCUUAACAUCUGUUUUAGUAAAUGGCUUCCAUAGUACGUAAAAUAAGUCUAGUCCUUGUUCUUGUAGUCAUGCUUUCCGAUGACACGAAAGCUCAAUCGGGCUGCACUACGGCCAUUGUGGGCUUAUCCCCGUGUCUCAACUACGUUAUUGGGAAUUCAUCAACGCCAUCCUCGUCGUGUUGCUCCCAGCUUUCAGGUGUAGUAAAGUCGCAGCCGCAGUGUCUUUGCUCAUUGUUGAACGGUGGUGCCGCUUCCUCAUUUGGCAUCACGAUAAAUCAAACUCUAGCACUUGCAUUACCCAAAGUUUGCAAUGUACAAACACCUCCGGUUAGCCGGUGCAAUGAUGUAAAUGGAGGAACAAAUUCUGCAGCUACCCCGGUUAGCUCUCCCGCUGAAUCUCCUGCAGAAUCCGUCGAUGAGACUCCUGAUGUUCCGACCUUGCCAUCAGAUUCAGAUAUUCCAUCAGGGACAGGAUCUAAAACAGUUCCAAAAACGGACGGCGCCUCUGUUGGAGGAAGCAACAUAAAUACGCCAUUCAAUUUUGUCGGCAUCCUUCUUUUCGUUGUAUUAUGUGCUCUGUCUUCCACCGGAUUCUGAGAUUAGACGACAGUUUAAGGGGUUCUUAUGCGGUUAAAUUCGUGCACUUUUUCCAUUUGGAGGAAAGGGGUUGUACUAAUGUCAUCAAUAUAUCCAUUUUCUAUUCCUUGUUCUAUGUUCAUUAUAAGAAUUCUGUACCAGUUAUAAUCCAA